AUGACAACCCAAACUGCCCCAGUCAUACCUCCUCGACCGAGUCGAUCGCCCCAAACCCCCACAUCCGCAUCGGACAUGCCCAAGAUCCCUCCGCGUCCGUCCAACCGCCGACUCGAUCGAUCGGUCUCACCAAUGCCUGACAGCUAUGCACCGUCUCCCCUCAAUGAUUGGAGUGGGCCGGGCAUGACCCGUACCACCUCCAACGAUCUCCCUCAGCGCCCGCCCAGCGUGACAAUACCGUCCCUGGGUGAGGAGGGCAUUGAAUACGCCGACCUGGAUGUGGGAAACCUGUCAGAUGGCCACCACCAAGCGCCCGCAGAAACUCGCAACAUUAGCAGUGACCUCAAGAUUCACGCACCGAGGCCUUCUUUGCCGACAUCAAGUGCCAAGGCCAGAGUGCAGGCUGUCACCCGCACCGAUUCCCGUCAGGCCGCAGCCGUGGGAGUGGGUCGGGAUGGGCCUUCUCCGGCUCACGAGGAGCAAGAACGCUCCAGUCGUUCGCUUCACUCGCGCGCGAGUGGAUCGCGGCCUGAGUCCUCGGCCGCCUCCUCAGAACGCCGGCACUCCGCGCAGCUCGGAGACGAACAUGGUAUCCGCGUUCCCAUGUACCCCAACGCGGGAGACGUUCAGGCUCCGUCGCCGAGUCCCUAUCUUGAGCAGGGCUCUCAGCGUUCAGGUCGUAAUCACCACCGGACUCGCAGUGGUCGGGACUCAUCCCUGCCGCCGGGCAGCUAUGGCCUGCAUGGCCAUGGUGUGCAGUGUACCGAUAAGUUUGAAGCGGCCUGGUACGAGAAGCACCCCGAUGAAUACGUCAAGGAAGAAGGGCAGUACGGCCCUGGUGUUGGCACUCCCCGUCCCGAUUGGGCCUUGAGCAGCGAUGACCUGAACAAGAUUGUCCGAAGCCCUGCCAACGCGGGAUCUGGUCUUGGCACUUCUCGGGCCACGCAGGGUACACCCGACGAAGAGGUGGGCUACAUCGCUUCGGACGAAUACACGCAUCGUAUGGUAUCUCCGCCUCUGGAAGCUCGGCACGACAGCAGUCUGCCAGUGGUUGAAUCGCCCCUUCGGCAAAUGAGCUUCCCAGCUUCAGCCCUCGAGCCCAGGGAAACCCCUGGCUCUCCGCUACGCCGUGCCCGGACCGGCUCCUCUCAUGGACACCACCAUGAAGGUGAAGUUAUUCAUGUGGAUGACCCAGUGCAUCCUCUGCACCAUCCCGACGGAUUUGCCCCUGCCCCAUCAAUUGAUGAUCAUACCCACGACGCGGAAGUCGUUAUCGAAGAGGAAGAAGAGCCUAUUCUGGCGGCAGAUGAGGUGCGCCCCGAAUCGGCGUACUUACAUCCUGCGAUCACUCCGACAUUCGAGCACCGAGACAGCUUUGAUGAAAGCCGAAGUCGCACGCCCAGUGUCACUCAUAGCCGCUCGAACAGUCGAUCGGCCAGCCAGGGUGUGGGAGGAUGCGCAUACCCCCUCGAAAAUGUAGAAGAAUACGAGCCGUUGUUCCCGGAUGACGAUGAGAAGAAGGACCGGCCUGUGUCAGCCGCAGACCGUUUCAAGCAGCGACCCGAUAUGAGCAAGCACAGAUUCCCCAGUGAAGAUAUCUGGGAAGAUGCGCCGAACAGUCUACAGCUCCACGCGACUGUGACAACCCCAGAUCUUCCCAAGUCCGAUUCCACUGAGGUGUUUGAGACACCUCAGCAGGAGGCUGCGCGCAGAAUGCAGACUUCUCAGAUUAAUUCUCAUCAAGUCGCCACUCAGAUUCUCGAAGGCGAGGGCCCUCAAACCAAGAAGAAGCCUACGCGUCCGGACGCUAUCAAGCAGCGUUUUCCAAGUCGGGAUAUCUGGGAAGAUGCCCCGGAUAGUCAGCAGCUGGUGACCACCGUUGAGCCUGCGACAGAUGAAAUGAAGAGCCCCGAGGUUCCCUCGAAGCCCAGCAUUCCCCUACGUCCUCAACGCCAAGCUCAGGCAACCUCGCCCACGGAGAAGCGGCCACCACCGAUGAUUCCAGACCGACCGAAACCGCAGAUCCCGUCCCGGCCCGCUAAGCCAAGUUCACCGGAGAAUCUGACCAAGGUCCCCUCCGCCGGUUCAACUGGCAGCACAGAAUCAGCCAAGGAUGCGCCCGCUGUGCCCAAAACGAAGCCCGCCAUUCCCGCUCGCCCCGGCGGAAGCAAGAUCGCAGCUUUGAAGGCCGGUUUCCUUACUGAUCUGAACUCUCGCCUGCAGCAGGGUCCUCAACAACCCAAGCCCCAAGAAAAGGAGCCUGAGCCCGCUGCUGAAAAGCAGCCUCUCAGCGAUGCUCGCAAGGGCCGAGCCCGUGGCCCCGCGAGGAGGAAGCCAGCAGCAGAAAAUGCCAACGCCAGGCUGCCUUCUAUCCCAGAGGUGAAGAUCACGGCAACAUGGAAUGUGUGGGAGGUCCGCGAAGACGGCAAUUUGAUUGUGGGCAGUGAUGCCGCGAUUGAAAAGCCUUUUACCGCACCAAUUGAGACUUCAAUGGCCCCUGAGCUCGCCAAAAACACAGCCGGUGAACCCGUUGAUCCAGCCGCGGAGUCUCCUGUUCAGCAGGAAGAUCUCGUCUCACCCGGCACCGUCGCGGCCCCCGCCGAGACCAAACUCGUUCAGGAGGAAAAAGAAGCCCCGACCGCCACUGAGGAGAUCCCAGAACAGGUAGAUACGUCGUCUCCGGUAGAAACCGAGACAGUCGCCAAACAAGUGGAUCUAGAGCCAGCUACUGAUCCUGCGACUGUUGCCAAUGAUAUGGCCGCUUCGGUACCGCCGGCUACCCUGGAGGACCAGCUUGAGAACCUGACUGCCUCGGCUGACGGCAAGAAAAGGUCUGAUGGCGAAAUCCAUGAGCGGGUGUAG